AUGGUAUCUUCGGAAAGUCGUGAAUGCAUUGUGUCUCCUACCAACGAGUUGCGAGCUGCUGUUAGUAUUAUAGAAGGAAUGAAUAAUUACAAUCAUCCUCCACCGCGAAGACAGUCAUUCGAUUUUAAUGAUGAACCACAAAUGGUAAAGCUGGAUUUGGAGUUGAACAAGGAUGGAAGACCAAGAGGUGGAAGUGAACGCCGAGAGCUACAGCCACUUUCGGAAAACACUCUCAACAUGUUCGCAUGCCUUGUCGCGGCCACCAUUGCAACACUAGCCAUCAUCGGCCUUGUGAUUACGUUCUUGGUAUUGGCAUUGAAAUAA